AUGUCGGUUCCAGAGAAUCUCACGCUCCAGGCGCUGGAGUCGUGCGUCAAGGAGUCGAGGAAUAGGGCCAUUCCAGAAGAGCAACGGAAGCGCGCCGCGAGGCAACUGAGGGAUCUGGUGGCUGCGGCCAAGCAAGAUAUGAGCCCCGAGCAGUUCCUCGCUUUCUCCAAUAGCGUCAAUACCAAAAUCAUCUACCUGAUCGUCCAUGGCAGCGAUUCAUUCGAUCGGAUGGGGGCGGUAUACAUACUGGAUGCCCUUGUCGACUUUGACGGCAUCGACAUGGCCAUGAAAUCCACCCGCUUCGCGUCGAACCUCAAGAUGAUACUCCGAGGCAAAGACCUCAUCCCCAUGCAGCCUGCCGCCAUGGUACUCGGCAAGCUAUGCAAGCCGGGCGGCUCACUAAUCUCCGAGUUGGUCGAGUCCGAGGUCAAGACCGCCCUGGAAUGGCUCCAGUCAGAACGCGUCGAGGAGCGACGAUAUAGCGCCGUACUCAUCCUCCGGGAACUGGCUCGAAACGCGCCCACCCUCAUGUAUGCCUACGUUAACCUCAUAUUCGACCAGAUCUGGGUCGGCCUUCGGGACACGCGCCACCUCAUCAGGGCCACCUCCGGAGAGACAGUUAGUGCCUGUUUCAAGAUCAUCCGAGAGCGAGACCAGGACCUUAAGCAGGAAUGGAUGGACAAGAUGUACCAGGAGGCGGUGAAGGGGUUCAAGUCCAACACCAAUGAGUCUAUCCAUGCGUCCCUCCUCGUCCUCAAGGAGCUCCUAGAGCAUGGCGGCAUGUACAUGCAGGACCAUUACCAGGAAGCAUCCGACAUUGUCUACCGAUACAAGGAUCACCGCGAGCAGGCAAUCCGCAAGACGGUGAUUCUCCUCAUACCCAACCUCGCUAACUACGCCCCGACGGAUUUCGCAUCCACCCACAUGCACAGGUUCAUGAUCUACCUCUUGGGCAUGUUGAAGAAGGAGAAGGAGCGCAACGACGCCUUCUUCGCCAUCGGCAACAUUGCCAACUCGGUCAAGAGCGCCAUCGCCCCGUACCUCGAUGGCGUCCUCAUCCACGUCCGCGAAGGACUGAGUCUGCAGUCCAGAAGGAGAGGCUCGGUCGACCCCGUGUUCGACUGCAUCAGCCGCCUCGCAGUCGCCGUCGGGCAGACGCUCAGCAAGUACAUGGAGGCGCUGCUCGACCCCAUCUUCGCGUGCGAGCUCACACCGAAACUCACCCAAGCCCUGGUCGACAUGGCCUUCUACAUCCCGCCGGUCAAGGCUACCAUCCAAGAGCGGCUGCUGGACAUGCUCAGCAAAGUCCUCUGCGGAGAGCCGUUCAGGCCCCUCGGCGCCCCCCAGGCCAACACCCUCUCGUCCGUCCCCAUAAUCCCCAAGGAUCCCAAGGACCCCCAGGCCCACGAGAAUCGUAAAGCCGAGGUCAAGCUCGCCCUAAACACGCUCGGGAGCUUCGACUUCUCAGGUAAUUGGAUUUCAGAACCGUACCACAUCCACCCCCCGAGCAGGAUCUGGCUGUCUCAUCACAGAGAUGGUGAAGACGCAGAACUCCUCAAGCAGCAGCGACUGGCAGCCGCCACAAGGGUACACUUGCAAGAUAUCAUACUAACUGAGUUCGGAGGCCACGUCCUGAACGAAUUCGUCCGCGACGUUGCCCUCAAGUAUGUUGAGGACGACGACCCCGAAAUACGCGAGGCCGCCGCCCUCACCUGCUGCCAGCUCUACGUGCGAGACCCGGUCGUGAACCAGACCAGUUACCACGCGCUGCAGGUCGUCGCCGACGUCAUCGAGAAGCUGCUCACCGUCGGCGUGUCGGACCCCGAAGCCAAGAUCCGGCGGACCGUCCUCGCGGCCCUCGACGAGCGCUUCGACCAGCACCUGGCCAAGUCGGAGAACAUCCGCACCUUGUUCUUCGCCCUCAACGACGAGCAGUUCGGCAUCAGAGAAGUAGCAGUGUCUAUCAUUGGCCGCCUUGCUCGUUUCAACCCCGCAUAUGUCAUCCCUUCACUGCGAAAGACCCUCAUCCAGAUGCUGACGGAGCUUGAGUUCUCGGAUGUCGUGAGGAGCAAGGAGGAGAGCGCAAAGCUGCUCAGCCUUCUCGUCCAGAACGCGCAGGGCCUUAUCAGACCUUACGUCGAGCCCAUGAUCUCGGUCCUCCUGCCCAAGGCCAGCGACCCCACCCCGUCUGUCGCCGCAACAGUCCUCCAAGCCAUUGGCGAGCUGUGCACCGUGGGGGGGGAGGAUAUGCUCCCCUACAAGGAUCAGCUGAUGCCCAUCAUCAUUGACGCUCUGCAGGAUCAAAGCUCGUCCAUCAAGCGCGAGGCGGCUCUGCAUACCCUCGGCCAGCUCGCGAGCAACGCCGGAUACGUCAUCAAACCCUACCUUGACUACCCCGAGCUCCUGGAGCUACUCCAAGCCAUCAUCCGGGGCGAGCCUCAGCACGGGGCCCUCCGGCAGGAGACGAUCAAGUUGAUGGGCAUCCUCGGGGCAUUGGAUCCAUACAAGUAUCAGCAGGUUGAAGAACGCACCCCCGACGUUCAACGGCGCACCGAAACGACCCAGAUGACCGACAUCUCCCUCAUGAUGACCGGCCUGACCCCGUCCAACAAGGAGUACUACCCGACCGUCGUCAUCAAUGCCCUGCUCAACAUCCUCAAGGACCCAUCCCUGGUCCAGUGGCAUGGCGGCGUGAUCGAUGCCAUCAUGGUCAUCUUCCGAACCCUCGGCCUCGAAUGCGUCCCCUUCCUCGACCGCAUCAUCCCUGCCUUCCUCGCCGUGAUUCGUUCCUCGACAUCGACCCGCCUCGAGUCGUAUUUCAGCCAGCUGGCCGGACUGGUGAGUAUCGUACGCCAGCACGUACGCAACUACCUGCCCGAGAUUAUCGAGGUGAUGCAAGAGUAUUGGAAUGCCUCGCCUACCCUGCAGUCUACCAUCAUGUCCCUCAUCGAGGCGGUUGCCCGAUCGCUCGAGGGGGAGUUCAAGAUCUACCUGGCCGGGCUGCUACCGCUGAUGCUAGGGGUCCUCGAGAAAGAUGUGUCGACGAAGCGAAUCCCGUCGGAACGGGUCCUCCACGCCUUCCUCGUCUUCGGCGCGAGCAGCGAGGAGUACAUGCACCUCAUCGUCCCGGUAGUUGUGCGCACCUUUGAGAGACAGGGCCAGCCCAUCUUCCUGCGAAAGUCGGCCAUCGAGACGAUUGGGAAGAUGUCGCGAAUGGUCAACCUGAACGACUACGCCUCCAAGAUCAUCCACCCCCUCACCCGGGUCGUCGCGAGCGGCGAGCCGAGCCUCCGAGUGGCCGCACUGGACACGCUGUGUGCGCUGAUCGGGCAGCUAGGCAAGGAUUAUCUCCACUUCAUGCACACGGUGAACAAAGUCCUCGCCCACCACCAGAUCCAGCAUCCCAACUACGAGCUGCUGGUGGCCAAGCUGCAGAAAGGCGAGGUUCUGCCGCAGGAUCUCUCCGAGUCUACGAGGUUUGUCGACCAAGUGGACGACGUGGCCUUUGCCGACAUCACGUCCAAGAAGCUCGAGAUGAACCCGAUGCAUCUCAAGCAGGCCUGGGAGACGAAGGGCAAGUCGACCAAGGAUGACUGGCACGAAUGGUUCCGCAAGUUCAGCACGACGCUUCUCACCGAAUCCCCCAACCACGCGCUUCGAGCGUGCGCCAUCCUGGCCAGCAACUACCCGCCGCUCGCGCGCGAGCUGUUCAACUCGGCCUUUGUGUCGUGCUGGAGCGAGCUGUACGAGCAGUUCCAGGAAGAGCUGAUUACCAACAUCGAGAACACGAUCAAGUCGGAGAACGUCACACCAGACCUGCUCGGGCAGCUCUUGAAUCUCGCCGAGUUUAUGGAGCACGACGACAAGGCGCUGCCGAUCGACAUUCGGGUUCUCGGGCGCGAGGCGGCGAGGUGCCAUGCGUACGCAAAGGCGCUCCACUACAAGGAGCUCGAGUUCCUCCAGGACCAGAGCAGCGGUGCCGUCGAGGCGCUCAUCGUGAUCAACAACCAGCUCCAGCAGUCGGACGCCGCCAUUGGCAUCCUGCGUAAGGCGCAGCUUUACAAGGACGGCAUCCAGCUGCGGGAGACGUGGUUCGAGAAGCUGGAGCGAUGGGAGGAGGCCCUGGCAUUCUACCAGAAGCGGGAGCGCGAGAUUCCCGAGGACCAGGCCGUGCCGAUCGAGAUCGUCAUGGGCAAGAUGCGCUGCCUGCACGCGCUGGGCGAGUGGGACUCGCUCGCGCAGCUGGCCGGCGACACGUGGUCCAACUCGGCGCCCGAGAUCCAGCGGCUGAUCGCGCCGCUGGCCACCACGGCGGCGUGGGGGCUCGGCAAGUGGGAUUCGAUGGACAACUAUCUGCAGUCUAUGAAACGCUUUUCUCCCGAUCGAUCCUUCUUCGGCGCCAUCCUCGCCCUGCACCGCAACCAGUUCAGGGAGGCGCUGGCGUGCAUCGAGCAGGCGCGCGAGGGCCUCGACACGGAGCUGAGCGCCCUCGUCAGCGAGUCCUACACGAGGGCGUACACGGUCAUCGUCCGCGUGCAGAUGCUCGCCGAGCUGGAGGAGCUCAUCAUCUACAAGCAAUGCGACGAGCGCAAGCAGGCGACGAUGCGCAAGACGUGGGAGACCAGGCUCAAGGGCUGCCAGCGCAACGUCGAGGUGUGGCAGCGCAUGCUCCGCCUGCGGUCGCUCGUCAUCGCGCCCUCGGAGAACAUGCACAUGUGGACCAAGUUCGCCAACCUCUGCCGCAAGUCCGGCCGCAUGGGCCUGGCCGAGAAGUCUCUGCAGCAGCUCAUCGGCAGCGACGCGCCGCUGGAGAACAUCAUCCCGCACUGGACCGACAAGCAGACGCGCCCGGACCGCAUCGCCCCGCAGGUCCUGUACGCCGUCCUGAAGUUCCAGUGGGAGGUCGGGCAGCAGCCGGCGACGCGGACCUCGGGGGCGCGGCUCGCCGAGAAGACGCUCUACUGCCUGCGCAAGUUCACGAGCGAGACGGCCAACCGGCUGGAGUCGGCCAGGAUGCAGCUCAGCGCGACGCACGCGCCGAACGGCGGCGUCGAGGUGCCCGACGGCGGCUACGGCUUCCCCAGCAUGGACCACGGCGCGAUGAACCCGCAGGCGCAGAAGUCGCUGAAGGAGCAGACCAAGCUGCUCGCCAAGUGCUACCUCCGGCAGGGCGAGUGGAUGAUCGCGGUGCACAAGGAGGACUGGCAGUACAGAUUCGUGCACGACAUCCUCAGCUGCUACUCCAAGGCGACGCAGUACAACCCCAAGUGGUACAAGGCCUGGCACGCCUGGGCCCUGGCCAACUUCGAGGUCGUCCAGGCGCUGACGUCGCGGGGCGAGCACGACGUCCGCGCCAACCACGCCGUCAUCGUCGACCAUGUCGUGCCGGCCGUGCGCGGCUUCUUCGAGUCCAUUGCCCUGUCGGCCGGCAGCUCCCUGCAAGACACGCUCCGCCUGCUGACGCUCUGGCUGUCUCACGGCGGGAGCUCCGAGGUCAACACGGCCGUCACCGAGGGCUUCUCGCGCGUCAGCAUCGACACGUGGCUCGAGGUGAUCCCGCAGCUCAUCGCCCGGAUAAACCAGCCCAACAAGCGGGUCCAGCAGUCGGUGCACAACCUGCUCUCCGACGUCGGCCGCGCGCACCCGCAGGCCCUGGUCUACCCGCUCACCGUGGCCAUGAAGUCGUGGCAUGGCACGCGCCGGUCGAGGUCGGCGGGCCAGAUCAUGGACAGCAUGCGCCAGCACAGCGCGAAGCUCGUCGAGCAGGCCGACAUCGUCAGCCACGAGCUCAUCCGCGUCGCCGUGCUGUGGCACGAGCUCUGGCACGAGGGCCUCGAGGAGGCGUCGAGGCUGUACUUUGGCGACCACAGCAUAGAGGGCAUGUUCGCCACGCUGGAGCCGCUGCACGAGCAGCUCGAGCGGGGGCCCGAGACGCUCCGCGAGGUCUCGUUUGCCCAGACCUUUGGCCGCGACCUUACCGAGGCGCGGGAAUGGUGCAGGCAGUACGAGGUCAGCCAGGACGUCAACGACCUGAACCAGGCCUGGGACCUCUACUACCAGGUCUUCCGGCGCAUCAGCCGGCAGCUGCCGCAGAUGACGAGCCUCGAACUGACGUACUGCUCGCCCAAGCUGCUGGCGGCCAAGGACCUCGACAUCGCCGUCCCGGGCACGUACCGGAGCGGGCAGGAGAUUGUGCGCAUCAUGUCCUUCGAGACCACGUUCAGCGUCAUCAGCUCGAAGCAGCGGCCUCGCAAGCUCAACGUCGGCGGGAGCGACGGCAUCUCGUACACCUUCCUGCUCAAGGGACACGAGGAUAUCCGGCAGGACGAGCGCGUGAUGCAGCUGUUCGGGCUCUGCAACACCCUCCUGGCCAACGACUCGGAAUGCUAUAAGAGGCACCUCAACAUCCAGCGGUACCCGGCGAUCCCGCUGUCGCAGAACUCGGGCCUGCUCGGGUGGGUGCCCAACAGCGACACCAUCCAUUUCCUGAUCCGGGAAUACCGCGAGAGCCGCAAGAUCCUGCUGAACAUUGAGCACCGCAUCAUGCUGCAGAUGGCGCCGGACUACGAUAACCUGACGCUCAUGCAGAAGGUCGAGGUGUUCGGAUACGCGCUGGACAACACGACCGGGCAGGACCUGUACCGCGUCUUGUGGCUCAAGAGCAAGAGUUCCGAGGCGUGGCUGGACCGGCGGACAAACUACACACGCUCCCUCGGCGUCAUGUCCAUGGUCGGCUACAUCCUCGGCCUCGGCGACAGGCAUCCGUCGAACCUGAUGCUCGACCGCAUCACGGGCAAGAUCAUCCACAUCGACUUUGGCGACUGCUUCGAGGUUGCCAUGAAGCGGGAAAAGUACCCGGAGCGGGUGCCCUUCAGGCUCACCCGCAUGCUCACGUAUGCCAUGGAAGUGAGCAACAUAGAGGGCAGCUUCCGCAUCACCUGUGAGCAAGUCAUGAGGGUGCUGAGGGACAACAAGGAGAGUGUAAUGGCUGUUCUUGAGGCGUUCAUCCACGAUCCCUUACUCACUUGGCGCCUUACGAACGCGGCAAGUCCCACGGGACCAAACUUCAACUCGGAGCGCGAGCAGGCCAUUGCCGGGCCGCAAGGAGCUCGUGCCCGACGGGCGUCGAUCCUUGACUCGGACGUGGCACCCACCGAGUUCCUCGCCGCGCAGGUGGCCGGCCAGAACGGGGCGGACGCGAUGGCGGUGGCGGCGGGAGCGCCGCCGGGGACGCGGGCGCGGGCGAGGACCAACUCGUCGGUGGCACCGGCGGCGGCGGCGGCGGCGGCGGCGGCCAACGGGGCGGGAGGAGGAAGCGUGGCGGCGGCCAACGGCGGCGGUGGCAGCGCCAACGGGCAACAGCAGGACCCGGCCGAGAUACAGAACGCGAGGGCGCUCGAGGUGCUGGGGCGGGUGGCGCAGAAGCUCACGGGCCGCGACUUCAAGCCCGAGGAGGAGCUCGACAUCAUCAGCCAGGUCAACAAGCUCAUCAUGGAGGCGACCAAGCUGGAGAACCUGUGCCAGCACUAUAUCGGGUGGUGCAGCUUCUGGUGA